AUGUUCCAGAGGCUUAAGGGCGCCAUCGACCGGACCAUUGCGGAGGAACAGGCUCGCCAGGAGCAGGCACGACAACGAAUCGAACCCGGAGGCGCCACCCCGCGCAGGUCCGAAUCCACCUCGCGGAGUAACCAGUCGUCCGCGAGACGCCCCAAGAAGGCUGCCGCCGACGCCCUCAAGGACGACACCGCCGCCAGCCCCUCCAACACCGACCCGGCCGUUUUCGAAGCCGCCUUUGCCCUCGACGACAGCGAGGAACCCAGCCGCGCCGGAACCCCCAAGCCCGCGCCCGACGCCAUGGACAAGGGCGACGAGAAGCCCAAGAACAAGGCCGAAGAGGGCCAGAACGGCGACGCCGACAAGGAUAAUGAAAAGGACAAGCCGUCCGAGGGUGCCCCCGCCCCCGCUGCUGCCGGCGCUGACGCCGCCCCUACAGCCGCAGCUGCGGCGCCGGAACUGUCCCCCGAGAUCCGCAUGAAGCUCCGCAAGCUGGAGAAGCUGGAAAAGACGUAUCCCGAGCUUCUCCGGUCAUACCGAAUCGCCCACACCCGCGCCACAUCCAUCGAACCCUUCGAGCGCGUGCUCAAGGAACACACCAGCGUCGGCUCGAUCCGCGAACCCGAGGGUCUGGUCGAGUAUCUCAACUCCCUCAAGCAGAAGGAGCAGAUGAUCAUGGACGAGUACAAGCGGGUCUCGAUCGAGAAGGACGACUUCAAGAAGAAGUUCGAAGCCGCCGAGAAGGACGUCGAGAAGUUCAAGAAGGAGGUCGACGAGCUUAGGGCGGCUCAGUCCGCCGUCCCGGCCGCCCGCGACGAGCCGGACGAGGCCAAGGAGCAGGUCGACGCCGCCACCAGCACCAAGGACGACGCCGCCGCCGUCAAGUCGCCUCUGCAACAGGCCCUGGGUAUCUUCUCGCCCAAGCAAAAGGCACAGGAACCCGAGGGCGCCAAGCCCGACGAGUCCGGAGCCGAUUUCUUCUCCUACGACGAGGAGGCCCCCAAGUACGAGGCCGACAUGGCCGCCAAGGACGGCGAGAUUGAGAAGCUCAAGGCCGAGAUCGACUCGCUCAAGGCCGACCUCGCCUCCGCCCAGGACUCCAGCGCCGACCUUACCGAGAAGUUCGACAAGGUGACAAAGGAGGCCGGCGAACUGCGCGACAUUGCUGCCGUCAAGACAUCCCUCGAGACGCAGCUGGAGGCCAGGAACAAAGAAAUCAAGUCGCUCACAGAGCGUCUGGAGACGUCGCAGAAGCAGCUCAAGGAAGUGGAGGCCAAGCUCAAGGGCGAGGUCGAAUCCGCCAAGAAGGACGCCAAGGCGGUCCAGUCGAAGCUCAACGAGUCCAACGCCCGUGCAGAUAGGGAAGAGGCGCGUGCCAAGGAGGCCGUUGCCGCCAAGACCCAGGUCGAGAAGAAGAUCGAGACCCUGAACGGGCAGAUUGAGAACAUCAAGAAGGCAAAGGCCGAGCACGAGAAGAACAUUGCCGAGCUCACCAAGCAGCUGGAGAAGCAGCAGGCCGCCGAAACCGCCCCGCCGGCCACCCCCACGGCCACGGGUCCUACAGAUACCUCUUCCCCGGGCAUGAGCAAGAACGCCAAGAAGAACAACAACAAGAAGAAGAAAAAGGCCGGCGCGGCUGCGGCUGCGGCAGCAAACGCGGCUACUACUACUACUACUACUACGACGACCGCCGGCACGGCCACGCCCGCGGCGGCCGAAGAAGCCAAGGAGUCUGAUACGGAGGCCCUGGAGGCGGAGAUUACACGCCUCAAGGAGGAAGUCACGACGAAGGACUCUCAGAUUGAGAGGCUGACAAAGCAGCGCAAGACGGAGGAGGAUCUCCGCGAGGAGAUCGAGACGCUGCGCGACGAAGUCACAGAGAUUGGCCAGGAACACGUGGUGGCCAAGGAGAAGAUCAAGAACCUCGAGGCGGAGAAGAAGGCGCUCGAGGCGCGGAUCGCGGAGCUCGAGAAGGAGCUCGGGUCGUCGGCCGGCGACGCCGAGGCCAAGGAGAAGCUGCAGAGCGAGUUCGACAAGCUGCAGAGCGAGUACGACGACCUCAAGAGCAAGUCGUCGACGCUGCAGUCGGACCUGGGCGCCGCCCAGCAGCUGGCACAGACCCGGUUCAAGGACCUCACGGAGCUGCGCGAGGUGCUCCAGAGGGCGCAGCCCGAGAUGAAGGCGCUGCGCCAAGACUCGGCCGCUCUCAAGACGGCCAAGGAGGAGCUCGCCGCCAAGAACACGGAGCUCCGUAACCUGGAGAAGAAGGAGAGGGACCUCAAGUCGGACGUCGCCAGGGUGCAGCGGCUGGCGACGGACCGCGAGACGGAGAUCAAGACGCUCCGCGAGAAGCUGACGGGCGAGACGAACAACCGGCUGCGGCUGGAAGACGCGCAGCGGGUGUCGGCGCGCGACCUGCGGCGGUCGGAAGUGGAAAAGGUGGAGAUCAGCGCGCGGGAGGAGAAGACGGCGCGGGAGCUGCAGAAGGUGCAGGAGGAGGCCAACAAGCUGCGGCCCCGGGUACAGGAGCUCGAGGAGCAGGUGGAGAAGCUCGAGAAGGAGAAGAAGUCGCUGCAGGAGGAGGCGGACCUCAAGACGCAGCAGUACGCCAACGCGCAGGGCCUGCUCGGCAGCAUGCGUGACCAGACGGGCGAGCUGACGAUCCAGCUCAAGGAGGCGCGGGCGCAGUCGGAGUCGCUCGAGGAGGAGCUCGCCGAGAUCCAGAAGCACCUGUCGGAGCGGUCGCGCGAGGCGGAGAGGAUGCGGGGGCUGCUGGCGGACGUGGACGAGCGGGCGGACAGCAAGGUGCGGGAGAUGCGGGCGCGGAUGGAGGCGGCGAUCGAGGAGCGAGACCGGAUCGAGGACGAGUCGAGCACGCUGGCGCGGCGCAGGGCGCGGGAGACGGAGGAGCUGAAGCAGAAGGUGCGGGACCUCGAGCGGGAGGUCAAGACGCUGGCGGGGGCCAAGGAGGAGCUCGAGGGCAAGGAGCGGGAGUGGCGCAGGCGGAGGGAGGAGCUCGAGUUGGUGGAGGAGCGGGCGACGGCCGAGGUGGAGGAGAUGCGGUCGGCGGUGUCGGACCUGCGGUCGACGCUGGACGCGUCGGAGCAGCAGGUGCGGGAGGCGGAGCGGCAGAAGUCGGACCUGCGGCGUCUGCUGGAAGAUUCGAAGCAGCGGUUCGACAAGGUCAGCAAGGAGCUCAAGACGGUGCAGGGCAAGCUGGGGGCAAGCGUGACGUCGGGCCGCAGCUCGAUGGACUCGAACCGGUCGGGUGGGCCGAACGGGGCGGCGUCCGGGGCGGCGGCGCCCGGGGCCUCGGCGGACACCAUGUACCUCAAGACCAUCAUGCUGCAGUUCCUGGAGCAGAAGGACAACAAGCUGCGGGAGCAGCUGGUGCCGGUGCUGGCGAGGAUCUUGAAGUUUGACAAGACGGACGAGCAGAAGUGGAAGCGUGCGAUUCAGCACAUAACCGUUCGAUGA